UGAUGAGGAAGUCGAGCGGGGGUCUGACCUACAUCGCCGAGUGGAAGGGGGGGCUGCUGGAGCAUAAGAUGGGUCACCUGACCUGCUUCGCGGGCGGCAUGAUCGCGCUCGGUGCCGACGGAGCGCCCAGCGACAAGACGGGCCACCAGAUGGAGCAGGCGGCAGAGAUCGCUCGGACCUGCCACGAGUCUUACUCUAGGACAGCGUUGAAGCUCGGCCCGGAGGCAUUCCGGUUUGACGGAGGAGUGGAAGCCAUCGCUACGCGCCAGAACGAGAAAUACUUCAUCCUCCGACCCGAAGUCAUCGAGACCUACAUGUACAUGUGGAGGUUCACACACGACCCCAAGUACAGGGAGUGGGGCUGGGAGGCUGUUCAGGCUUUGGAGCAGCACUGUAAAGUAGAAGGAGGCUACAGCGGAGUCAGAGACGUCUACGCUUCGUCUCCGAACCACGACGACGUGCAGCAGAGUUUCUACCUGGCAGAGACGCUCAAGUAUCUCUACCUUCUCUUCUCCGAUGACGACCACCUACCGUUCGAUCACUGGGUCUUCAACACGGAGGCUCAUCCUCUGCCCGUCAUCAAGAAGGACAAAACAGACGGACCCAACGAGGUGGAGUAGAGGAGC